AUGCUGGAGGCGGCCAGACAGGCAGGCGUUAAGGCCUUCGUCUAUACUAGCACCUGCUGCGUCGUGACCGACGACAUGAGGAUGUCGCACCUCAACAUCAAUAAGCAAUGGCCAACUUCCAGGGUCUCGCUCAACUACGGCGAGUCGAAGGUUGCCGCUGCAGAAGCCCUCGUCCUCGGGGCAUCCAGCAGUAUCAUGGCCACCUGUGCCCUCCGGCCCUCCGUGCUCUGUGGACCAGGUGACUAUCAGCUGGUACCCGCCAUCCAUGCUUGCAUUGCCAAAUAUGAGACCCCGUUUAUCAUCGGAGAUGGCUUCAACUUGUGGGAUAUCACUCAUGUGAGCAACGUCGCCGAUGCUCACGUUCUCGCUGUCGAGAAUUUACUAUCCUCUCGCACCGCUGCCGGAGAAGCCUUCUUCAUUCAGAACAAUGAGCUUAUUGCCUUACGAGACUUUUGCCUCCGAUAUGGGCUCAUUUUGGACAUAUCCCGCCCUUCGAAUUGCAGAUCCCGGAAUCACUGGCCUAUCUGGCCGGGUUGGUGUGUGAGGGUGUGA